UUUUUCUUACAGUGGUUGAUAUCACAACAAAUUCCACAGUUUGAAGAUGUCAAAUUUGAAGCAGCAAGUCUUCUAUCUGAGUUGUAUUGCCAAGAGAAUUCAGUUGAUGCUGCAAAACCACUCUUGCGUAAAGCAAUUCAGAUUUCACAGCAAACACCCUACUGGCACUGUAGACUACUCUUUCAGCUUGCACAACUCCACACACUUGAAAAAGAUUUGGUAUCUGCAUGUGACUUACUUGGAGUUGGAGCAGAAUAUGCCAGGGUAGUAGGAUCAGAAUAUACCAGGGCACUGUUCUUGCUGAGUAAGGGGAUGCUCCUUCUGAUGGAGAGGAAGUUGCAAGAAGUCCAUCCCCUUCUGACACUUUGUGGACAAAUAGUUGAAAACUGGCAAGGGAACCCCAUACAGAAGGAGUCCCUCCGAGUGUUCUUCUUGGUCCUCCAGGUGACGCACUACUUGGAUGCUGGACAGGUGAAAAGUGUGAAGCCAUGUCUAAAGCAGCUUCAACAGUGUAUUCAAACUAUUUCCACUCUUCAUGAUGAUGAAAUUCUACCCAGCAAUCCUGCUGACCUCUUUCAUUGGCUGCCCAAAGAGCACAUGUGUGUAUUGGUCUACCUGGUGAGUAGCUCACUCUUUCUACUAUUACCACAGCAUAAAGUUUUUCGUUGUGUUCUGGCCAAAUGCAUAUAGCUCUUCCCACUGAAAACUCAGCCCAGCAUUCAGACACAUUAGUAUGCAAGGCAUUUUCAUGUCCGUAAAGUUAUCAUAUUCACUAGAUUUGGGAGAGGAAACAAGGAGAUCAAUGCAUUUGAGUUACAGGGCAAGAAUUAGGCAUAUAGGUAUUUCUCAUCUGAUAAUUGAGGUCAUUAUAACAAUGGGAAGGACUGUGUAUUCCAUUGGAACAUAAGAGUGAAGUGAUAGUGUCUUUCUAAGAUGAUGGGUUCUAAGUUGUGGUAUAUGAAUGUAAUGGAAUACUGUUGUGCUAUAAGAAAUGAU